AUGGCUUCAUUAUCCGUUGAUAAAAUAGAGUCUCCCUUAUCAAAUCCUUCUGCUGAAGAUGAUAAAUCUAUAAUCAAUAAUGUUGAUGAACAAAAUCGAAAAUUAUUUAUUGGUGGAUUAAAUUAUACAACUACAGAUGAUAAACUCAAAGAAUAUUGCUCAAAAUACGGUGAAAUAACAGAGUGUGUAAUUAUGCGUGAUCGCGAAGGUCGAUCACGUGGUUUUGCAUUUGUUAGUUUUAAAGAUCGUCCAAUGGUUGAUCAUUUCAUGACGCAUCGGCCACAUACAAUUGAUGGCCGACAAACUGAACCAAAACGUGCAAUGCCACGCGAUGAAGCAUCACGACCAGAAGGACAACUAACAGUUAAAAAACUUUUUAUUGGUGGUAUCAAAGAAGAAUUAACUGAGGAUGAUCUUAAAUCCUAUUUUGAAAAAUUUGGUAACAUAAUUGAAUGUAAAAUUAUGAAAGAUAAAGAAGAUAAACCUCGUGGAUUUGCAUUUAUAACAUUUGAUGAUUAUGAUUCUGUUGAUCGUUCUGUUCUUGAAAAACCUCAUAUAGUUAAUGGUAGAGAAUUAGAUGUACGAAAAGCAAUACCACGUGAUCAAACAUCACGUCCAAAUGCUUUUCUAUUCAAUACUAAUAAUAUAAGUAUUGAUCUUUAUCAUUCACAAAAUCGUUAUCAACCACAUUUAAUGAUUAAUCAUCCAACAUUACCUCCUCCACCUUUUCCACCUUUUGCUUAUUUUCCUCCAUCAAAUUAUUUAACAAAACCUAUGCCAUUAAUGGGAACAACGAAUUCAUGUACACAACCAGGUGCUUUACCUCCUCCAACAUUUAUUUUACCACCGGAAAUAGCAAAUAGUGCAUUCUUUCGUAAUCAAACAUAUCCUUCACCACCACAAUCAACUUCGUCUUCAGCACGAAUAAAUAAUAAUCCUAAUAAUAAUACACAAUAUCAAAAUGGCAAUAAAAAUAAAUUGAGUAAUGAUAUAUCAUCAGCAUCGAAUGAUGUUUCAAAAAAUCAACAACAACCAGCUCUUAUUAAUACAUCAAUUGCAAAUUAUUCAACUCCAAUUAAAUCAAAACCACGAUCAUUACGUUAUAUCGGUUCACCAAAUGAUAUUCAUUCUGAACAACAUCGUAAAUUAUUUAUUGGUGGAUUAUCUUUUAAAACUACUGAUGAAACUUUAAAAGAGUACGUAACAAAAUUUGGUGAAGUAAGUGAUUCAUUAGUAAUGAAAGAUCAAAAUGGUCAAUCACGAUGUUUUGGUUUCGUCACAUUUACUGAUCCACAAGUAAUAGAUGAAUUUAUGAAACAACGACCACAUAUACUUGAUGGUCGUCAAAUUGAUCCAAAACGAGCAAUGCCACGUGAAGAAGCUAAUAAUGAUGAAGUUCAUUUAACAGUUAAAAAAAUAUUUAUUGGUGGUGUACGUGAUGGACUUGAUGAAAAUACAUUAAGAGAAUAUUUUUCAAAAUUUGGUCAUGUUUGUGAUUGUUUUCUUAUGCAUGAUAAAGAUGGAAAAACACGUGGUUUUGCAUUUCUUGAAUUUGAUGGUAAGUUAAGAAGUUUAUAUAUUUAA